GUGAACCUGAGACGGAGAAACCAGCGCACAAAGCAGGCGAUUUGAACACAAAACAAGAACCAAAAAAAUGGCUCUCAAAUUCUCCUCUCAAUCUCAGAAGCUGCCUUCUUCCGCUCUUCCUCCGAUGCCCAGUGUCAGAUCUCCCAAGUUCGUCAUGGCCUCCACCCUCCAUUCUGCCUCCAAAGAGGUUGACAAUCUGAAAAAGCCUUUUACACCUCCUCGGGAGGUGCAUCUUCAGGUCACACAUUCUAUGCCACCGCAGAAGAUUGAGAUCUUUAAAUCGUUGGAGGAUUGGGCUGAGAACAACAUUUUGGUUCACCUAAAACCGGUUGAAAAAUGCUGGCAACCACAGGAUUUUCUGCCAGAUCCUGCUUCUGAUGGAUUUAAUGAGCAAGUCAGGGAAUUGAGAGAGAGGGCAAAGGAGAUUCCGGAUGAUUACUUUGUUGUUUUGGUUGGAGAUAUGAUCACGGAAGAAGCUCUUCCAACUUACCAAACAAUGCUCAAUACAUUAGAUGGAGUUAAGGAUGAAACAGGUGCAAGCCCUACUUCUUGGGCAAUAUGGACGAGGGCUUGGACUGCUGAAGAGAAUAGGCAUGGUGACCUACUUAAUAAGUAUCUCUACCUAUCUGGACGAGUAGACAUGAGACAAAUUGAGAAGACUAUCCAGUAUUUGAUCAGUUCUGGAAUGGAUCCCCGUACAGAAAAUAGUCCAUAUCUUGGUUUCAUCUACACUUCGUUCCAAGAAAGGGCAACCUUUAUUUCCCAUGGGAAUACAGCCAGGCUUGCUAAGGAACAUGGAGAUUUGAAGUUGGCUCAAAUAUGUGGUAGUAUUGCUGCGGAUGAAAAGCGCCAUGAGACUGCCUAUACUAAAAUAGUGGAAAAGCUCUUUGAGAUUGAUCCUGAUGGCACUGUCCUUGCUUUUGCUGACAUGAUGAGGAAGAAAAUCUCUAUGCCAGCCCACUUGAUGUAUGAUGGCUGCGACAACAACCUUUUUGACCACUUCUCUGCUGUUGCUCAAAGACUUGGGGUGUACACUGCCAAGGACUAUGCAGACAUACUGGAGUUUCUAGUUGAAAGAUGGAAGGUCAAGGAUCUAACUGGACUUUCAGGCGAGGGUCGAAAAGCUCAGGACUAUGUUUGUGGCCUACCUCCAAGAAUUAGAAGACUGGAGGAAAGAGCUCAAGGAAGAGCCAAGCAAGCCCCCAGAAUUCCAUUUAGUUGGAUUUACGAUCGAGAAGUGCAGCUCUAAGGUCAGAAGUUAUCCAAUGUGCUGAAUUUCACGCUCCUGCAAGUCUUUAGUGAGUCAGAAUUAUCAUGUUGCAAUUCCAACUGUGCGUGAGGGAAAACAGCUGGUAAGUGGGGGCAAUGGUGUAGAUACAGUUGUUUCUUCUUUGUGCUGUGCUGUUAGAUAUGCAGUUAGGGGCAGCUGUAGUUUUUGAUGUUGUGUUGUUUUAGGUAAAGAGUAAAGUUUUGUCGGAGUUCAGUUGUUCUUAUAAGCAAACAAAACCACAACAACUUUCUCAUGGCAAUUUUGAUGAUGACAAUGAUAAUGGUAUUUUUAGUUAAAGAUAAAUAUUUUCUCUCCUU